CUACAAUGUUAUUUUUCUGACUGCUGCAAGUGGACGAGAAAUUUGGUCUCGUGGAGAAGUGAGUGGGUUUGUGCUGGUGUUCGUGUUCGAUAUUGUGAUUUAUUAGUAAUAGAUCACGAAGAUGUCGUCACCGAGCGCUGGGAAACGUCGGAUGGACACAGAUGUCAUCAAACUUAUUGAAAGCAAGCACGAGGUGACCAUAUUGGGCGGGCUGAACGAGUUCUGCGUGAAAUUCUUCGGACCCCCAGGAACCCCAUACGAGGGUGGUGUAUGGCGCGUUCGCGUGCACCUCCCAGACCACUACCCCUUCAAGUCGCCCUCCAUCGGAUUCAUGAACAAGGUGUACCACCCCAACAUCGACGAAGUAUCAGGCACCGUGUGCCUUGACGUUAUCAACCAGGCCUGGACCGCGCUUUACGAUCUGUCGAACAUAUUCGAGUCGUUUUUACCACAACUGCUGACAUACCCCAAUCCAAUAGACCCGUUGAACGGAGAUGCUGCCGCCAUGUACCUGCACAAGCCUGAAGAGUAUAAGAAGAAAGUUUCAGAUUACGUCCGAAGAUUCGCCACAGAGGAGGCUCUGCUCGAGAAGGACGCCAUCACCGGCAUGGGGGGCGCGCCCGCGUCGUCGUCGGCCAAGUCCAACGGCGCCGCCAACAACAACGCGUCCGACACGGAGAGCUCCAUGAGCGACUUCAGCGACGACGAGGCGCACGGCAUGGAGUUAUAACGCACGCCCGCGCCCGCCGUCCGCGUCUCGCGCUCGCUCACCGCCGCCCCCCGCGCCGCCGCGUCCCGCGCCGCCGCGCCGCCCGGGUAGCUUUUGAAUUUAGAACGUUGGGUUUCUUGUACGUACUUCAGGUUCGUCUAUGGUUUAACUGAAAAAGAUAGGUUUGAAAAUGGAAUAGUCUAUGCGACGAAUAAGCGACCGGGUACAUGGAGUUAUGGCUUAGGUCGCUUCAAAAAUGAAAAGCUGGUCGCUUUAUGAUCGAACGUGUACUAAACUGAAGCAGUUAUUGCUUAGCAAUAAUAAAAGCGAGAGACCUUGAUAUGUUAUAGUGCUUCUGAUUUAGUAGAUAUGAGCGAUUUCAAAAUUACUCCGUUUUCGAAAUUGCCCAACAAACGUAAGUUACGCAUAUGCAAUUCGACAGUAAAUAGUCGAAAUUAAAUACGAAUAAACUACGGAAGGAUAUUUUUGUUACGUUUACUUGGUAGAGUUGGAGGUAAACGAUCAAAGUACAAGACGCGGUUAAAUGUAGAUAUUAAUGUUUGAUAUUUCAAUCAUAUCAAUGCAGCUUAAUAUGUAAAGUAAGUUAUUUUUCUACUAUUUACGGUCGAACUGCAUAUGUACUAAUAAUUUAUCGUUAAAAUGUAGACGAAUCAAAGCCUGAACUGCGUACAAUAAUUUGAAAUCCACCAAUAAGUUGUUUGAAUUUGGAUCGUUGGAACGUAUCGGGAGCUGUUUUGAAUUUAGAAUAGGUUCGGAUGAUCGGCUCUGUUUGAAUUUCGAAUUUUGCUGUUUUAAGCGAUGACCUCAGUACGGGACUAUGGUCCGGGGAUUUAAAAAUCAAACAAUAAAUAUCAAUACAUCUUAUAACCUAAAAAUUGUUACAAAGUGUAUUGAAAUGAUAAUUUUCAGGGACCAUAAGACCAACACCAUUUUGCUCUCGUGCUGAUUCGAUUCGCGAACUGUAUUUUAGUCCAUCUUAUCAAUUUAUUAUUAACGACUAAUGCUGUAACUAUAAUUCUAAUAAUGGUUGGUAAAAUGUUAAAUCGCGUGAUAUAUCGAUGUCUGUCAAGUGGCUUCUCAAUUAUAAUUAUAAUUUCGAUAUACAAAUUAACAGACCUAAGGAUGGACAUUUACUGGUACAGAAAUGUAUAACAUUUUAUAUUAUUCUGAAGGCCUAAGACCCAAAGCCAAAAAAAACUGAAAACUUAUACCGUAAAUUGAAAUCCUACUGGUCUUUUCAUUUUAAUGGCGUCUUUUUUUAUAACUCACUAUUACUUCAUUUACUUCCUAUUUACCAAGAUAAUGAUGAGUUAUUAAAAGAGAAGCUCUUAAAAUAUUGAAAAUCAGCAAUAAAUUGCUAUUUUCUUAAAAUAGCAGUGAUGCCUGUAGAUUUGAAUCGAUAUGUUUUUACUCUGUCCUCGUUUUUUCUAACAUCAACGUAGACACAAUAUUCACACCAUAUUUACUAAUAUAUUUUAUUAUUAAAUUUAAUAAGUGUAGAUCCCCGGGAAGGAUAAUAGGAUAGUUAGAAAUCAUCCCUUAACUAGGGGUAGAAGUUUCUGUGACCGAAUAACAUGAUGCCCCUUUUACUAAAACUGGUCGGUCCUCGGUUUUUAGAUUGUUACAGCAGGUCUGUAAUAGCUACAUAAAAGUUACAGACAUUUUCAAUAGUGGAAACGGGACAGAGUAAAUUUUUUAAUCAUCCUCACCUCAAUAUACUGAAACUGAAUUUUAAAAACAUUAAAGACAUAUCUACCCAUAGAAUCACCGGGAAUAAAAGCUGUAUGCUUUUGUCAUUCCCACGCUUAUGUUUCCAUUCAAACAUGUCGAGUAACAUUCAACAAUACGUGAGUGACCCAAUUUAAAGAGUGCGGUAGUUGACUUCAAAUUUACUCUUCAAACUUACUUCAGAAUUCGGUUUGCAGUUAUUGAGGUGACAAUGAUUCAAACACUCGAAUAAAACUUGUAAAGGGUUGUUCGCAUUUUAAAGUUAUCGGUGUGUUAAGAAUUGAUUCAUAGUUGGCUUGUCUUUUGUCCUGCUCUUAGGCUAGCAGCAAUAUGAAUAGGGAAUAAAGUGUUCACAAGUUUCGGUGUAACUAACUCUAGGGGUGCGGUUAUGUAGCGCUGAGUUUAGGCACGCUUUUAAACAAAUUUAUCUUUUAAAGAGGUCCUAAACAUAUCUAUUUAUCCAAUAGUUUUUAAAUACGAAAUUUUCUUGUUAGUUUAAACUUAAACAUAUCUAUCCGGGUCACUCACGCUUUCAAACUUGCCAUUAUAGCGUGAGUGACCCAUGACAGAUUAAAUUAUAUAAUUUUUAUUUUGCAUUCAUUUUAACUUUUGUGAUGGCCAUAUAUUUCUUGAUCUUAUACUUAUCCAUUUGUAAUAUUUGUUAAUGGCUAAACAACACCAAAGUGCAAUUUGGACCUGUUACGAAAAGGCAAAUUUUGUUUAAAAGUGCUUGAAUUUUUCCGUAGGUGUCUUGUAUCAAACAUGUAAACGUUAGAUUUUAAAUGUGUAUGAUAACAUACUCAUACUAAAAACCUUUUAAAAAACCCAAGUUUUAACACGCGAGCGAGCGAGUGAGCGAGGUAGCAUUUUGUAAAUAUCUUAAAUUCUGUCCCCAUAGCAUAAAACAACUUAAAUCUAAUGAGCCCGUCAUGGACUACAGUCAUCACUUUAUAUCUCAUAGGUAUUUAAAUAUUUUUUAUCGUAGCAUUAAUUUUUAAACGAACGAUGUGUCAUGUUUUGUGUUUUCCCUUGACAUAAUUUCUACGGCAACAUUUGUCUAUUGUUUUUGACUCUGUUGUGAUUAUGAAAUGCGAAAUCUACAUCUGUGAUUUUUUCUCGAUUUUUAAAGUGUCAAUUCAGUGGUGAGGGAUUCAUUCAGUACUUAUGUGAUCGCUCGUUCUGACAAUAGGCAUAUUUGUUCUUUUAGCGCAAUUUUUUAGACUUGCAGCGUCUCCGACCAAUUUAGAACCAGACCAUGACUAUUAUAUGUGCCACAGUACCAUUAUAUAAUUCAUGUUCCCUAAAUUGGCGAUUAACCUCUUAAAUCUGAAAAAUAUAGCUCGUGCAAAACGAAUAGGGGACGAACAAAAACCAAAUUUAUAACAUAAUUUUUUUUAAUUUGAACUAGGUAUUUGUCAAAUAUUACAAUUUUCAACCUAUAUAAACUGGGCCUUUUUACAGUACUGUUACACAUUCAAUCGUCUUGUUGAUUUCAUAAUAAAAAUCAGGAUGGCGUUGUAAGUUAUUUUAACUUUUAACAGUUUGCUUACACCAAAUAGGUAGCAUUUCUGUAUGACUUGACAGUUGACAGUAGCUACGCCGGUCCUGCCAAAAGGUUUGGUGUUGUCAGAUGUCCUUCUUAGCAUAACUACAUCAAAAAUAAUCAAUAUGAUCAUAGUUUUUAUUACGACAUUGUCAUUUUUAAAUGUGAAGGACAUGAUUCCUGUAAUAUGCAUUUUUGAAUCUGUUAUUCAUAUUCUUAUGAAUAUAUAACAAGUGUAUUUUUUUCAACUAUUUUUUAUUUUAUUUUAAAAUGAUAAGAUUUUUCAAUUAAAACAAAAAGAAAUCAUAUUUUGUUUCACAAUAAUACAAAUUUUUAAAUCUUUUUAACAUUUGUAAAUGUUUAAGAUCAAUUUAGAUUUUAGCCCAAACGUUAAGAAGGACAUCUGAAAACUAAAUAACAUUACAAAACAGAUCUCUAAUAUGACAUGUUGCGAACUAUAAGUGUUGCAAUCGUCGGUAAAAUAAGUUUAGUAUAGAUUGAGUUCACUGGUAGGAACUAUAGGUAUUAUGCAUAAUAAUUUCCUAUCAGAAAUCAAUUUACUACCAUCUCGCUUAUAUUUUUUUAAUUUUUUAUCAUAUUAAUAUGCUUAAGAAUUUAAAAAAUUCAAAUAAUUACAGCGUGUUAUUUGUGUUUCAUUAGUUACCGGGUCGAUUAUUAUUAUAUUACAAUUAUAAAUACAAGGAUAAUGUUCUAAUACUGUCAUAGUUCCUGCCGGUAAGCGCUUUAGAUAUAACACGAAGAAUAUAUGAAUAUUAUAGAUAUUAGACAUAUUGUAUCUUUGAAAUGAUAACUCAAGCCAUAAUAAUAUAUUUUGGUAUAAGGAGAUAACAGAAAAUUUCUCGUUUUUAUUGUGAGUUGGGUUGGCAGUAUUGUUUUGGUAUUUAAGUAUACAUAUUAUUGAGCUUGUGCCAGACCCGGUUUUGGAUUGCACGAUAAGCGAUAGUUAUACAAUCAAUAUAUGGAAUUGAGAAGAUUUUUGGGCGCAAUACUACUGUCUCUGGUAAGCGGUGAUUUUAUUUCAAAGUCGCUACGCUACGUAUUUAAAAAAAAAAAUGGAAAUAUCACCGUUGUGCAUACCAAAAAACUUCUCAAUGCGAGUUAUUUUGACGUGAUCCUGUGACAAAGGAACUUAAAGCCUGCAUAUUAAUGAAAUUACCUAAUCAUAUUAUAUAAGCCUUUUGGUUGUUUUUCUGUAAGCGCUGUGUUCAAAGCUGACUUUUUUAUAAAUAUUUUAAAUGUAUUUGUGUGGGCAGUCGCAUUUAAUUACAGAUGUUUCGUAUAUCAUUAUAUAGCAUUAUAUUACAAAAAUAUGCGGCUUUAAGGAGAAAAGUAAAAAUUGUGCAGAUGCUUUAAAUUCUACCUCAACAGGGCGGUAUAUGUUUAUGGUCAUGAUCACGUCACAAUGACUUUUUUUUAUCGCUAUAUAAAUAGAAUCAAAUCAAUGGUGUCCCGCCCAUAGCGGUUGUACAUGUGAGAAUAAAGCGUUUUUAUUCUAUUUUUAUUUCAUUACAUGUAAUAAACUUACGUUAUUUUUAAACUA